AUGGCUGCACGUAAUCGACUAUUCACUCGAGCGACACCAUCUCGAUUUCAGCUGCGACUAUCAAACCGAGUAUCUGCAGACGAUAUCUGCUGCGGUGUCGCAGCCGGGGUGUUGUUACUGGGAGGACCGCGAUGGGUGGGAGAGUUUCUGGUGAGGAAUAAGUGGGCGUUUAGUAGUGUGUUUCCGAGGGUGGAGUGUAGGGAGGAGUAUGCGGUGAGGUGGGAUCAGAUGGGGGAGGAGGAGGGAUUGGUUGCGCAUCGGUUGGUGGGGUGGGAGGAUGCGGUGAGGGAUAUGUGGUGGGGGGAGGGGAGGUGCAAUCAUUUUGAAUUGUGUGCGGGGGUUUAUUUGGAGGAUGUUUUUAUGGAUGUUUUGACGGCGGCGGAUCAUGUGGAGGGAUCUAGGGGCGGGGAGAAUGAGGAUGAAGGGUUGGGAGAGGUGUGGUAUGAUGCGCAUGAGGCAUUGGAAUCACCAUCCUCUUCUGCGAAACGGAAAAGAUCACGUACUGAGGAUGAUGCAAUACGACAAAUCGUCCAAAGUCUCAAAUCUCGCCAGUCUUCUCGAAUUCAAUCUUUUCUCAAUUACACUUUUCUGACACUUCAGUUUAUUUUCCUCUGUAUCCUAGCCACGCUCAUCCUACUAGCAUACAAAGAAUGGGAUCUUUGGCAAAUGAGGAACAAACCAAAUCUCCCUACCAUUGGAGAACUUUCCGGUCUAAGUGGUCUGAGUAGGAUGCACAAUAUGUUUAAUCACUGGUUUCUUCCAGACUGUAUAUCGGCCAUUUUGCCAAACUCACGAAAAACGUGGCUGGGCACUUCUGACUUUCGGAAAGAACUUGUGAUGUUGGUUCAGAAGUGGUUAGACUUGGAAGAAUCUUUGUUGGGUUCUUGA